AUGUCUGGACACACAGGUCAUAUCUACUCUCUCCACACAUGGGGUGUAGGCUACAUGUUUGUCAGUGGUUCACAGGAUAAAACAGCUCGGUUCUGGGACCUCAGAAUGUCCUCUCCCAUCAGUAUAGUUCAGUCUCCUAGCCCAGGGAGUGCAUUUGCCUCUGUCUGUGUGGAGGGUACAGGGCGUCUCAUGGCAUCAGGACACGAGGACUCCACAGUAAUGAUGUAUGAUGUGCGAGGUGCUAGGAUGGUGCAGACAUUUAAACCUCAUGUGGGAGAGGUGCGAACUGCAAGGUUUGAUCACAUGAAUGCUUACUACCUCCUGACAGGCUCCUAUGACCAGAAGAUUAUGUUGACAGAUCUGAGAGGUGAUCUCCUGCAGCCGCUCCCCUCUGUGGCUGUGGCAGAACACAAGGACAAGGUGAUACAGUGCAGAUGGCAUCCAUCACAGCUAGCAUUUGUCAGCACCAGUGCAGACAGGAAUGUCACUUGCUGGGCACUACCAGUCAUUUAAUGUGUGCACUCAUUGGAUAUAACCUUAUAUGCUAUAAUGGACUACUGAGUAUUUGCACUUCUAAAUUAAAUAUAUCAUAUGUGUCUAGGUACAAAAAAAUCUAAGGUCACAAUACUUACCUUCAUAUGGUAAUUUAUAUUUCUUUUACAAAUUAGAUUGUAAAGAAAGUAACUUUCUGGUGUAAAAAAGGUCACUUAACUUCAAAAAAUAAUAAUAAUAAUGAAAAAUGUCUUUGAACUAAAGGUGUGUUAGUGAUAAUUAUAUACUGACCACUCAAAUCAAGACUCAUGGCUGUACAUGUUGUCAUACAAAACUAGAUUGUCAAGAUUUUAGCUAUAUGGGUAAAAUCUCAAGUGGAGAGAAUUUCCCCUCAUAACUAACAUUUGAAUUACACUGAAAACAAGUUGGAUUGCUUCUACGUACUGUUGUGCAAAAUAUUAUUCAGAAUUUAUUAAUUCUCUACCUUGAUGCUGCUCUUCCAAGCCUUGUAACUGAGGUGCAGUGCAUGCUUCCUAAGCAGUUUUACAUCAAAAGAAAAACUCUGUGUUAAUUAGUGCAUGUUCAUCACCCUCAGUGGUCAAAGUAGACCCAUUGUUUAUUCAGAUUCAGCCGGCAAAGAUCACUUGUUUACAUAAAUGCUUUUUGCAGUCAGACAUACACUCUUUGUCUAUUUUUAAAAGAUGCCUCCAUUAGAUUUUCAUUGGUUGUUCAGAAACACGAAUUAUGUCUUUUUUCAUAAAUUAUGGGAAGCCGAAACCCAUCAGAGAAAGAUCAAUUCUACCUUUGGUUUUUUGACUUUCAGCUUUUUUCAUAGCCAUUAAUGGAUCUUGAUUAUGAUAUAUGUGAUUAGGGAUGACAACUUGCUUGAUUUAUUUAAGAUUAUUUAGAUUGUGUCAGAGUGUAAGAUGCAAGUCACCACCAUUUUUUAUUUAUAAAUGCUCAUGAUGUGCACAACUGAGCAAAAAAAGUCAUCAUUUUGGUACAGAUAUAGUUCAAGGUUGUUUUACACUAAGUACAAAGAGGUUAACACAUUAGCUAAUGACUAUCUUGGGUUGAGACAUUUCAUCAGAGUAGAUGUCAUUAGAGAAAAUGUAAUGGACCUAGAUGUUAAUGGACUGGUAUGGAACUGUCAUAAAACCAUAUAUAUAUAUAUAUAUAUAUGUUUAGGCAGUAGUUGGCAAACUGAGUUAGACAGUCUAUGCUUCUCUCAACUGCUCAUGUAUGUUGUAGUGGGAUCUGAUUGCUACUGGCAGUGCAGGUGACUGCAAGAUCUAUGUUACCGAUUGUGAAACUGGGACACCCAUACGUGUUAUGUCAGAAAUUACAGAGGUUUAUGGAUGUUUGAGACAUUGCUGAGUUCCAGCCAACUUCUUCAUUUUUAAAAUUCCGUGCAUGCCUGCUUUUCAUGUCUGAACAUCAGCACCGCACUUCAAAUGUAUGUUAGAUGGCUGUUUGAACUGUCCCAUAUGUCUAUGUAUGGUACCAUAAAAAUGAGCAUUUGUGAUUGGUGUGGCAACACUCUGUGAGACUUGCUGGUGCAUGCCACAAUCCCAGUGAGGAGGCUGGCCAGUGUUUGACCUGGUGCUCUUGUACCACUUCAAGAGUUUAGCUUAAAUAUUUUUUUCAAAAUUGUCCUAAACCACAACUGUUUUAUCUGGGGUGGAUUUAGGCCAUCUUCUGGGUCUUCCAGGAGACGGUCAGAUUUUCAAGUUUACGUU